AUGCGGCUUGGAAUUGACUGGGGCGGAACAAAAAUCGAGAUCAUUGCGCUGUCCAACGAAGGCAGCGAACUCUUCCGGCAGAGAGUCGACACACCCAGGGACGACUACCAAGGGUGCCUGGAAGCGGUAAAACAUCUGGUAAAUGAGGCAGAGACGGCGACCAGUCAAUCCGGAACGCUCGGCCUCGGCAUUCCGGGAUCACUGUCGCCAAAGUCGGGCCUCGUCAAGAAUGCCAAUUCCACCUGGAUGAACGGCAAGCCACUCGACAAGGAUCUUGAAUACGUCAUCGGCAGACCUGUGCGUAUCCAGAACGACGCCAACUGCCUUGCCGUCUCCGAGGCGACCGAUGGUGCCGGCGCAGGUGCGCAUAUCGUUCAUGCCGUUAUCAUCGGGACCGGUUGCGGUUCGGGGAUUGCGAUCGACGCCAGAGCACAUCAGGGUGCAAAUGGCAUUGGCGGCGAAUGGGGUGCGAUUACCGUUCCCUGGCUCAAGGAAGACGAGUUUCCGGGGCCGGACAGCUGGAUCGGGCACCGGGGGGUUAUUGACCGCUGGUGUUCAGGUACGGGAUUUCAGCUCGACUACAAGGAAAAAACCGGAACCUUGCUGAAGGGGCACGAGAUCAUGGCGCUCAAACGUUCCGGUGACCCCGUGGCAACACAUGUCUAUGAGGCUUAUGUGAGCCGCCUCGCCCGGUCACUGGCAAUGUCCGCCAAUCUGCUUGAUCCAGAUGUUUUCGUUCUUGGCGGCGGCAUGUCGAACAUCGAUGAGCUCUAUGAAGAUCUGCCGCCCGCCAUGGUGCCUUACAUUUUUUCCGAUACGUUCGACACACCGAUCCGCAAAGCCGUUCACGGCGACAGUUCAGGUGUACGAGGCGCCGCCUGGCUCUGGAACUGA